AUGCACUGUUUGUCUGUCUGUCUAUCUAUCUAUCUAUCUAUCUAUCAACACUUCACGGCGAGGACACGCCAUGUCACUUACAUUGUAACAAUUUCUUUCUAUCUUUCUUUCUUUCUGUCUAUCUAUCUAUCGAACUAUUUAUUUAAUUUUGUUCUUGCUAUCUCUAUCAGUUUAUUUCUUUCUAUCUAUCUCAAUCUGUCUCCUUAUUAUCUAUCUAUCUAUCUAUCUAUCUAUAUUCAUAUCUAUAUAUCUAUCUACAAAAUGUUGCUUUUUUUUCUUUUCUUCUUUCUCCUCCUUCCAUUAUUCUUUUCUUCUUUCUUUAACAUCCAUUUUUCUUUUUUUCUCUCUCUUCCGUCCAUUUUUAUGUUCUUCCACUUUCUUCUAUUCCUCUUUCACUUUUCUUCUUUCUCUUCCAUCCGUUUUCCUUUUCUUCUAUCUAUUCUUCCAUUUUCUUUUCUUCUUUCUGGCAUUUUUUUUCUUUUCCUUCCAUUUGUUCAUCUCUUUUUUCUCUAUCUUUUUUCUUUUCUUCUUUCUCUAUUUUCCUUUUCUUUUUUUCUUUUUUGCAUUCUUUUCUUUCGAAUUUUAUAUACCUUUUUUCUAUUUAAAUUCUUUUUCGACCUCCCUGGCCCUCCCCGAUUGUUCUAUCCCCCCCAGUCUCUCACACAUCUUGUGAGUCCUCUUUUCCAAUAUGACAUAUUCCUCAUCAAAGUCUCCGAUAAUCGCCCUGUACACCACCCCAUUGACAUAUACCAGGCCCCACCCUUUUUUUUUCUCUCCCCGUGA